CCUUGGAAUCCCGGCCGUGGUUCUUCACGGUCUGACCCCUCCGUUGUAACCCCGCGAUGCCAAUGCUUAAUCUUCAACACCACCGAGCCCUCAAGAAACCUCAUUCACCAUGUCCUCCGAGAUAGAGGUUGUCCAGUUGGACCACAUACCAAGCCGCCACGUCAUCCACCUCGCCCUGUUCCAGGACGUGGGCAACGCCGAGUUCCUCCACAAGCAGCUUCUGUCGCGCAACGCAGAUUUCGAAUAUGCCUUUGUCGACGCUUCGGUGAUCGUGUCCCGGCUCCAUCUGUUGUCGGCAGUCUUCAAAGCUGUCACGUCAGCAUCGAACGACGUCCUCAAAACACCAAAUGUCCAUUCGGAGAUUGUCGCCAACCUGGCGGCGAGCAACAAUGUGCGAAAUCAUGCCCACAGCGUGAUUCAAAUGACUGAUGCUCCACAGAUAGCAGAGGCUUACCGUCGAUAUGGCGUGUCAACGGCCACCAAGAACCUUGUUGCCGUCAAGGUUGCGGAAAACGGCAGUCCAUCCACCGAACAGAUCGCAGAACACCUCGCGAAGAACGUCGAGGGCACCCAGGUACCGGCGACGGACGAGAAACUGGCCUCCACGGCGGACAUGAGCAAGGUGUUCAAAUAUUACAAGCUGAAUGGACUGAAUUGGCUGGAUAAGAUCAAAGAUCAUAGUGCGAAGCAGAAAGAGGUGGAGAUGCUGGUCGUUGGUGCCAUGGCCUUACGUGGGUUGUGAGCGCGGCGCCCAACAUUCACAACUGCGCCAUUGCAUUUUGUGAGGCAAAUCACGUACGACCAAAAUAAGAAUU